UCAGAGAGCGAGAAAAGCGAACCCAACCCGUCGGGGCCGCUGCUCCGGACGCACCGGACGCCGCCGCCUCCUCCCCCCGGGAUCCGGUGCACUGUCCCAACCCGAAAGUCCAGUUCUGCGGCCCGGCGGCGGCGAGCGAGCGCGAUGACACAGGAGUACGACAACAAACGGCCAGUGUUGGUUCUUCAGAAUGAAGCACUUUAUCCACAGCGUCGCUCCUACACUAGUGAGGAUGAAGCCUGGAAAUCUUUCCUGGAAAACCCACUCACUGCAGCAACCAAAGCGAUGAUGAGCAUCAAUGGAGAUGAAGACAGUGCAGCUGCACUGGGCUUGCUGUAUGACUAUUACAAGGUUCCAAGAGAGAGAAGGUCAUCAACAGCAAAACCAGAUGUUGAGCACCCAGAACCAGACCACAGCAAAAGAAACAGCCUACCAAAUGUGACUGAUCAGCCCCUCAUUUCUGCGGGAGAAAACAGAGUGCAAGUACUGAAAAAUGUGCCGUUUAACAUUGUCCUUCCUCAUGGCAACCAGCUGGGCAUUGAUAAGAGAGGCCAUCUAACAGCUCCUGAUACAACAGUCACUGUCUCCAUAGCAACGAUGCCUACCCACUCCAUCAAGACAGAGACCCAGUCACAUGGCUUUGCUGUGGGAAUCCCCCCAGCAGUGUAUCAUCCUGAGCCCUCUGAACGUGUGGUAGUUUUCGACCGGAACCUUAGUACCGACCAGUUCAGCUCUGGUGCUCAACCCCCAAAUGCUCAAAGGCGUACUCCAGACUCUACCUUUUCAGAGACCUUCAAGGAAGGCGUUCAAGAGGUUUUCUUCCCCUCGGAUCUCAGUCUGCGGAUGCCUGGCAUGAAUUCAGAGGACUAUGUUUUUGACAGUGUUUCUGGGAACAAUUUUGAAUAUACCCUGGAAGCUUCAAAAUCACUUCGCCAGAAGCCAGGAGACAGCACUAUGACGUACCUGAACAAAGGCCAGUUCUAUCCUAUCACCCUAAAGGAAGUGAGCAGCAAUGAAGGAAUCCACCACCCCAUCAGCAAAGUUCGAAGUGUGGUCAUGGUGGUAUUUGCUGAAGACAAAAGCAGAGAAGAUCAGCUAAGGCAUUGGAAAUACUGGCACUCCCGGCAGCACACUGCUAAACAAAGAUGCAUUGACAUAGCUGACUACAAAGAAAGCUUCAAUACCAUCAGUAACAUAGAGGAAAUUGCUUAUAAUGCCAUUUCUUUCACUUGGGACAUUAAUGAUGAAGCAAAGGUUUUCAUCUCUGUGAACUGCUUAAGCACGGAUUUUUCUUCUCAGAAGGGUGUGAAGGGGUUGCCUCUUAACAUCCAAAUUGACACCUAUAGUUAUAACAACCGUAGCAAUAAGCCUGUGCAUCGGGCCUACUGCCAGAUAAAAGUCUUCUGUGACAAGGGAGCUGAACGGAAAAUCAGGGAUGAAGAACGAAAACAAAGCAAAAGAAAAGGCAAGUGUACUGACCCCAGCUCUCAGUUGAAUGCCUUUUCUGACGUUAAAGUGCCACUGCUUCCCUCUCACAAACGAAUGGACAUCACGGUUUUCAAACCCUUUGUUGAUCUUGAUACCCAGCCUGUCCUCUUCAUUCCUGAUGUGCACUUUGUCAACCUUCAACGGGGCACUCAUGUUCUUCCCAUUGCCUCAGAAGAAUUGGAGGGUGAAGGAUCUAACAUGAAAAGGGGGCCAUAUGGAACAGAAGAUGAGUUUGCUACUUCACCUCCUACUAAACUGACCCGAAUAGAAGAACCAAAGAGAGUUCUACUCUAUGUUCGAAAGGAGUCAGAAGAAGUCUUUGAUGCCCUGAUGCUCAAGACUCCGUCUUUGAAAGGCUUAAUGGAAGCUAUCUCAGACAAGUAUGAUGUUCCCCAUGACAAGAUUGGGAAAAUAUUUAAGAAAUGUAAAAAGGGGAUACUGGUGAACAUGGAUGACAACAUUGUGAAGCAUUAUUCCAAUGAAGAUACCUUCCAGUUACAAAUUGAGGAAGCAGGAGGCUCAUACAAACUCACCCUCACUGAGAUCUAAAGGCAUACUGGCCCACAACUUCAUGAGUUAAAUGAAGGUGUUAAGUAGAUCUUAUUGUUUGGCAAGCUGUAGGCAUACCAGUCAACUACCUUCCAAAUGUGGAUGGAUGUCAGGAGAAGUAUUUGGCUUGAAGAUAACGUUUAAUAUAUUGCAUUGGCCUUUUUCAGGUGACAGAGAAAUCCAUAUACCAUUAUGUUUGCAUUUUCUAGUACAGAUACUUAGGAUUAAAAAUGAAAACUUUGUUCUAAAAUUUAAUAGAUUAUCUUGGAAUCUUUAGGCUAUCUAGUUACAUUAUUUAUAAAAAUAUUGGGCUACCUACCUUCUGUCUCUUCAUUGGAACUCAGAAAAAGCAAUAGGCUUGGCUUUAAGGGUUUUGUGCUCUUGCCUGAACUCAGUAUAACUCGGACUGCCUCAGGUUAGAGAAAGUUGCAUCUGAAGAAUAAAGGGAUGAGCCCCUUUCUCCCUUAAACUCUAAUCCUCCAAUAAAUGUUUACUAGAAUAGGGCAUGUUACUGAAAUCUUCCUUUGCAACUUUCUUGGACAUAUCAACUGUCUUUCUUAUGAAGAAUUUAAAUGGAUUACAGUAUGAAAUCAGUUAAGAUAAAGCUGCAUUGUAUAUAAGUGCAAUAUAUUUUUGAAGGUCUGUUUCUGUAAAUGUGUACAUACAUGUCUUAUAUAAAUAUAUAAUAUAUAAAUAUGGUAUCUGUGUACAUAUAGUGAAGAUAUUCAAUAAGAUCUACCUUAAAGAGGUUCUCUAGACAAAAGGUUAAGUUAUUUUUGAUAAUGUGCACCAAGCAGUUAGAAUACUGUGUUUAGUGGAACCCACUAAAAAGCUUUCUGUGUUUUCCCAAACACAAGCAAUCAUUCCAUAGUAUAGCAAACCUUCUCAAAUGACAGAGAUUCUGUUUGCUAUUGAGAAUAUUAUUUUUUGGAUUUCUGCACUGUUUAACGAAUGAAGUAGAAGAAAAAUACUACUGCAAUGCAUGUCUGUUGUGUUUGCUUGUAUUAGUCAGAUGUGCCUAUAAUACAGAGGAACAAACACAGUAAUUACAACAGGCAUAUUGCAGUUAUUGUGAACUAAGCUAUCCAGCUCAGAAUGCAGCUCUUCCUGAUAUUCCUGUUAUAAGAAAUUAUUUUUAUUUUAUCAUGUUUCAGAGCCUUUAAGCUUUGAUUAUCUUGUAUGUUAACAAUUCUAAAAAGCAUUCAUGAAUUUAUGAGAAUAUAUUACUAUGGCAGGGGAACAUUUUCUACACAUGUUUAAAUAUAUAAAAAUACUAAAAAAUGUAAGUUCAUCACAGAAAUAAAAUCAUGGGUAUCUUUAGGUUUUGGAAACUAGAAUAGGUCAUUUGUAUAAGUAGAAUUGAUGGAUAUUCUAAUGAAGUCUGUGAACUAAAUUGUGGGUUUUCUAAUAUAAGAUACAAUGGGACACGGGUCAUAUACUAUUUUAUAUUUUAUUUUAUGACAUUGAUUUUGUCUUUGUUGUUUUUAAUUGUAUAAUUGAAGAUGUAUUUUAAACCA